AUGUGCGUAGGUUUUAGAGCCCUUUCAUUUAGAUGUAUGAUAUGUGUAUUUAUAGAUUUAGGUGUAGUCCUUUAUAUAUUAUAUUACAUAGCCUCUAGUAGUGAAAAAAAUGUAGCCUAUAAUGUUUUCAUCUCAGUUAAUUCUGAAGAAAUCCAUUUGCUUAUUUUUCUGUAUAGAAGAUUUUGUUGGAGAUGUUGA